CCAAUUAUGAUUCUUAUUUUUUUUUUAAAAAAAAAAAAUUCAAAAACCCUAUCCAAAAUAAAGACUCUUGUAUUUGACCGAUAAAACAGAGAGAAAUCCUUGGAAUUUGCAAGUUUAUGGUCACUCUCACAAACACAAACACAAAGUUUGGUUAUUGUGGAGUGAGCGUGAGCCCCCCCGGCCCCCAUUCUCUUCUUCUCUCCUUUCUUCUUCACCAAACUAUCCUCACUCACUCACUCACACUCACUUUCUCUUUCUUCUAUAAAACAUUAAAACUGUCUUAACCCUCAUUUACCCUUCUUCUCUCUUAUUAAAUUCUCUCUUCUUGUUUUCGAAAUUAAUCCCCUUUAAAACAAAAAGACCAGUUUCACUUUCACAACAAUGUCGGUUUGUAAUGGCGAUGAUCCUCGUGUUCAUGAUAUCAAAACUAAAAUUCGGGUUAUACCCAAUUUCCCUAAACCCGGUAUUAUGUUUCAAGACAUCACAACUCUCUUGGUUGAUGCCAAGGCUUUCAAGAACACAAUCGAUUUGUUCAUUGAGCGUUACAAAAGCAAGAACAUUUCUGUUGUUGCAGGCAUUGAAGCAAGAGGUUUCAUCUUUGGUCCCCCUAUUGCCUUGGCUAUCGGAGCAAAGUUUGUGCCACUGAGAAAGCCAAGAAAGUUGCCUGGUGAAGUUAUCUCAGAAGAGUACGUGUUGGAGUAUGGAAGGGAUUGUCUUGAGAUGCAUGUUGGAGCUGUUGAACCUGGUGAACGUGCUUUAGUCGUUGAUGAUCUGGUUGCUACUGGUGGCACUCUAUGUGCAGCUAUGAAUUUGCUGGAACGUGCUGGAGCAGAAGUGGUUGAGUGUGCAUGUGUCAUUGAACUACCAGAUUUGAAGGGCCGUGAACGCUUGAAGGGCAAACCUCUAUACAUACUGGUGGAAGCACAUUAGUACAGCAACUGCUCUCCCAUCUCAAGAUAAAAAGUGAACAUUCAAGUACAUGAUUGGUUUGGCAGCUUCACUGAAUCAGAUAACUCUGCUGUCAUAUAUAUAUUUUUUUUUCUCAUCUGACCGUCUCCUAGUGCCUUAUGAAUCUGGAUAUGGGGUGAAAACAUUUUCUUACCCAUAACGCAAUCAUCAAAUCCAUAUAAAGAGAUGGCUUCAGCUUGAGAAAACUCUUCGCGCUUCACCCUGAUUAAGCAGGGAGAGUUGUCCUCCUUAGAAUUUUGUGCAUUAUGGUCAGGUUGUAGGUGCCAUUUGACAUUUGGCUAGAAAAAAAAAAGCUCAAAACCGAGUUUUGACAAGAAUAUUUUUAAUUGUUAUACUUCUAUCAGAUUUUAUACCCAAAUUGGGUAAUACUAUCA